AUGGCGUCUCUGCUUCCUCAAGCAGAGGGAUACCUCCCCCUCUACAUUUUGUUCGUGGGCGUAACUGCGAUUGGAAACGCCAUUCAAUGCUACAAUACCCUCUCCUACACGCGACGUCUCUACCCAGGCCAAGCUCCAGCAACUCAAACCAAGGGCAAAUCCUCCCCAGAAGGGAGCUCCCCAGCUACACCUCUCUCCUCGAGGACAUUUGGGACGUGGACACUUGCAGUUGGGAUCGUCAGAGUAUUUGCUGCCUAUCACAUCAACGAGGCGUCGUGGUUUCAGAUGCAGAUGUUGACCAAUGUCAUUGGGCUUGCGCACUUCAGCCUCGAAGCAUUUGUGUACAAGACCACUUCGCCAUCAGGGCCGUGGCUUGCUCCGGUCACUGUGGCGCUGAUUGGGUUGGUUUGGAGCACAGUUCAAUAUGGCUUCUAUGUCAGAUAA